CGAAGCUACCAUUUCCUAAAAUGCUCCAUCUGCUGCCGUGUGAAAGUUCAACUAGCUCUACCAUUCGAAUAAUAAAAUCGAUGUCAAACUUAGAGGAUACAUUAUUUACCCGUAUGCUCAAUAUAUAAUUCGAGUUCUGCUUUUUAAACGUAAGAUUUAAUUUUCAUAUUUUCAUUUGACAAAAUGAGGCGUUAGUCAAUUUAAUAAUACUAAAUAAUUUCUUACCCUACGAAUUCAGUUGACUUGGUUGGGCCCAAUGUCCUCCUAACAAACAUUUUGCGUUUGCUCGGCCUACUGGAAACAAGGUAGAGAGGCAAAGGUAACAUGGCGAACAUUGGAUCCAUACUGAGAACCCACUGGCCAAAUGUUCUUGUACCAAUUGGUUUUGUAAUUGGGGUUUACCUGGACAGAGUGAACGACAGAAGACUGACUGCAUUCAGGAACAAGAGUGUACUUUUCAGCAGGGAGCUGAAGCCAGGUGAAGACGUCACGUGGAAGUAAUGGGGUCUGACAGAGAGAACUAUGAUGUUCAUUAAUCUACCUUCUUGUUUAUUAUAUUUUACCAUUCUGUUCAAGGAAUAUUUGUCCAAACAGAUGGCCUUGUAUAUCUCUAAAAAUGGUCAAUCUAAUAAAUGUAAUAUUUUGGCAGCUUGAGAUUCCUGGCUGCCUACUAGCAUGUCA